AUGAAAAGGAAGACCCGCAAUUUUGUGAACAAUGCGGAGUCGAGUUUGUUGAUUCUCGGAUACGAAGAUAUCAAAUGGGCUGCAUCAAACUGCAUACCCGGUAAUGCAUGUGUGAUUCGAAAUGAGAAACUGUCAUCCCAUUUAAUCCAAUCGGGAUGCCCUGUACCUGACAUGUUUCUUGGUAGGAGUAACAUGAAGCUCAGAAUUAGGGAUGAUCCCCAUUUUUUUUACUACCCGGAGCUUCGAUACAUUUCGAAAUCGAGAGAUGUCUACCGGGGGAGGUUUAUUAGACAACAAUUAGCCAAUCUAGAUUUACGAAUUAUUAUAGACUAUUCAUUGGUAGAAUGGAAAGAAUUGGAGGAAGAGGAACCCACAGGGAACGAAUGGGAAGAUCGAAAAGUUGGAAGAAGAAAAGAUUUUUUGCUUAGACGCAUGGAAUUGGCUAAGCAUUUUAUUCGAACAAAUAUAGAACCAAAAUGGAUGGUUUUGCGUUUAUUACCAGUUCUUCCUCCUGAGUUGAGACCAAUCUAUCAUAUAGAUGAGGAUAAACUAGUGACCUCGGAUAUUAAUGAAAUCUAUAGAAGAAUUAUCUAUCGGAAUAAUACUCUUAAAGAUCUAUUAACAACAAGUAUAGCUACGCCAGAAGAAUUAAUAAUAUCUCAGGAAAAAUUGCUACAAGAAGCCGUGGAUGCACUUCUUGAUAAUGGAAUAUGCGGACAACCAAUGAGGGAUGAUCAUAAUAGAGUUUACAAGUCGCUUUCAGAUGUAAUUAAAGGCAAAGAAGGAAGAGUUCGCGAGACUCUGCUUGGUAAACGGGUCGAUUAUUCAGGGCGGUCCGUGAUUGUCGUGGGCCCUUCACUUUCAUUACAUCGAUGUGGAUUGCCUCGCGAAAUAGCAAUAGAACUUUUCCAGGCAUUUGAAAUUCUGGAUGACCAUCCUGUAUUGCUGAAUAGAGCGCCUACUCUACAUAGAUUAGGCAUACAGGCAUUCCUCCCCGUUUUAGUGGAAGGGCGCGCUAUUUGUUUACAUCUAUUAGUUUGUAAGGGCUUCAAUGCAGACUUUGACGGGGAUCAAAUGGCUGUUCAUGUGCCUUUAUCUUUGGAGGCUCAAGCAGAGGCGCGUUUACUUAUGUUUUCUCAUAUGAAUCUUUUGUUGGAUUAG